UUUUAGUUUAAUUUUCAUAUUAAUCUACACAUAUUAGAAUAUUGUAUCAAUUAUCUAGUUUAAGAUGUACAAAAUAUUGAUUUUACUGUCAAACAUAUGGAAUCUUUAAUCAUAAUACCAUAGAUUAAGCCUUCUUUGUAAAAUAUAAAUUAAACCUGUAUAAAUACCAAUAAUAUAAAUUAAAUUGUACUAAUAACUCUGAUUUAUUGAAUGUAGUUGAAAUAACACAGCAAAACCAACUUUGAAUGUAGUUUAAAAGGUGUAAAAUAUAGAUUUGUUCCAAAAUGUCAACGUUUGGAUUCGGAAGGAGUUUUCCAACUCCGAACCCAGCUCCAUCGUCAAAUAAAGAUGAUAACAAUAUAACAGGAAAAUUCGAUCCCACAGCCUUGGAGCGUGGAGCCAAGGCGUUAAAAAUGCUAGACUCCUCCCCUAACUCACAAAAGGCCUUUGAGCUUACAAAGCUCCAGGAAAUGACAAAGCAACAAGAGUUGCAGAUGCAAAUUGAACAGAUGAGAUUGAGGCAAGGUGAAUUGGGGACUCAAAAGGCAAAGGUUGAAAGUGAUGAGCGUAAAAAGUUACUUUCACAUCAACAGGAACAAGAAAGAAUUACGGCACAAUACAAGGCCAAACUUGAGGAUGAGAUGUAUCAAAAGAAACUUCAUGACCAACGAAAACAAAAUGAAGAGUGGUUGCAACGCCAGCACCAGCAGUUUCUAAAACAAGAGGAGAUUAGGAAAAAAACAGAAACUGAGAUUCUGAACAUGAGGAAAGAACAAAUGAAACAAGAAAAGGAGCUCGAGAGAGAAAACCUUGUCGCUAAAGUUAGAGAAGAGAACAUGGGCAAAAUCAAACAGGAAAGAGAAAAUUUCGACAUUCACCUCAAGAUGAUGAAGGAACGCUCAGUUGAGGAACGAAAAACCAAACUGGAGUCCUUGAACAUAAUCUUUUCCUCACUUGGGUCAGGAUUGUACUCCUUACUCAGCGAUAAACAGCGACUAACAUACACGGUCAUGACUUUGACUGGCUUGUCAUUGGGUGUUUACACAGCAAAAAAUGGCACGAAAGUAGCUCGAAAAGUCAUUGAACAAAAAAUUGGUAAACCGUCAUUAGUUCGUGAAACCUCCAAAUCCAUAAUAACAAAUAAUCUCAGAAGCUUCUGGGAAUCAUUAAUGGGGAAGAAGAAGGAACUAAACUUGAAUGAAAUCGUCCUAAACAAUAAGUUAAGCGAACGCUUAAACUGGUCAAUCAACUCACUCCUUAAGUGUAAGGAAAACAAAACGCCCUACAGGAAUAUUCUACUAUACGGUCCCCCCGGCACCGGCAAAACACUAUUUGCAAAAACACUUGCCUUGAAGAGUGGAAUGGACUAUGCCAUCAUGACUGGUGGUGACGUUGGACCGCUGAAAGAAGAUGCUGUAACCGAGUUAAAUAAACUGUUUAAGUGGUCAAAUAAGUCUAAAAAGGGUCUAAUUCUCUUUAUUGACGAGGCUGAGGCUUUUCUGAGACAAGGCCGUUCAACACUGCAGGGAAUGUCAGAGAACAUUCGAAACGCUCUUUCCACGUUUUUGUACCACACCGGUAACGAAAAUAACAAUUUUUGUCUAAUUCUCGCUACCAACGAGAAGGAUAUUCUGGACAAGGCUGUGGUUGAUAGAAUUGACGAGUCCUACAACUUUGACUUGCCUGAAGAAGAGGAACGUAAAAGAAUGAUUAAAAUAUUCAUGUACCAAUAUGUAAUAAACCCUCUAAAACGAACCUCAAAGGUACAAAUUGACGAGGGUAUUAACGACCAAUACUUUGCAAAGCUAGCAAAGAAAACUCAAGGGCUUUCAGGACGACAAAUAUCCAAGCUGUGUAUAAGUCUACAAAGUGCUAUUUAUGGAAGUGGUGCAAGUAAACUCACUGUUGACCUUGCUGAUACUGUCAUUGACUGGCACUUGAAGAAUCAAAAUAACGAUUGAUAAUUCUCAACUAACCAUGCACUCUUUUAUAAUAUUUGUUCAUCCUGUUUA